AUGACGCCAGGCCCCGCCGAAUUUAUUGUAAAACUAGCAUUGGGGAGAGUUCUAUGGAAGCUGUUCCUCGGCGUACGCGAGUUGGACCUUGAGAUAAAUUGGCAAGGGCCUGAGCUGGAGCGGGCUAUUGAGCAGGUAGCCACAAAAGUAGUUCCUCAUCUCUUGGGAGUUCUUCAGGAAGGGGGAACUCGUCCUAGCGAUACUAACAACUCACCAAAGAGAUACAGCAUGUGCUGUGUCUGUGAGAGGUAUGCGCUCAUCGACAGGAUUGAAAAAUUCGGACCGCACAUCAGCUCUUUGUCCAGAGAGGUCGUAGCUGGUGAAGAGGUCAUUCUUUAUAAGGGCGGUGCUAAACUUCUUGCUGAGAUUAGGUGGUUUGCCAAUGCAACACAUAUCUCUAUCCUGAAUUACUCCGUGUUCUCCGUUAUGGAAGCCAAUCCUCACCAUAGAAAGGCUGCCAGAGCACCAUAUAACAUUACAACCCCCACACUUCGUCAGAGAUGUUGUCCAUCUAUUCCCUUUCUUGCACUUGCAACACACUCGAUCCUCUUUCAAUUAAUCUUGAGCUACUGCUUCAUCGGAGCUCACUGGCUUCUCUCGGCCUCGGUGAUUGAGGUUCUCGGGAUGGUUGUUUUAGUUCUAGUGGUACGUCUGUGGCUCUUCUUUAGUGUUGCGUCCCAGGGUCUUUACAGCAAACCUAAUCAAUUAUUACCGGGCAGUACCUACCAAGGACGCAUGUCCUUUGUCAUACUCUUAAGGAUUUUCAAAGUUGCCAUUAUCUUCUAUCCAAGCAUCCUAACCCGAAUGAGCACCUCAGUUUCAAUAAAUGUAGCUAGCAUCCUCUUUCUACGAAAGAUUUCGACUACACAUAAGCUACGUAUUCGUUUUACUUACACAACCAGCCUUCAAUUCAUCAAAGUGUCCGUCCGCUAUUACGAUCGCUUAACUCAUAAACCACGAAGGGGGGAUACCUUGUCUAGCGGCGCCUCCUCGGGGAUCUUUUCGAUAUCCCUUAUAUACUUUAGGGUUGUGCUAGCGGCUAGAGAGUGCCAUAGGGAAAUUCUGUGGGUUCAUCGUACCUUCAACAUCGUUAAUGGUUUCGUGUACAUCCGUAGAACAAGGCAUAUGGAUAUGAACAGAUAUGAACGUAUUGUGUCCAACCCCCUCGGAAAGUUGUGCGGUUACAUUGCAAAGAUUACGAGGACGAUGCGAGCGUAA